UACGUUCCCUUCACCUGUUCAAUUGGGUUUGCCGCCGCCGAAAGACCAUAAAGAACAACGUACAAAUCAAUUGCAAACCGACGUCACUGCCACGAAUACUAUAAUCAAAAGAUUCGCUAUCUCCAUUUACAUGAUCUGGAUGACUUCAUUGCGAUCCAGACUUGUAUACAAGUAUUAACCGACGAAGAUCGAGAUACAGUACGAAAUACGACAAGGACAUUAUCGGCUCCCCCUCCCUAGAGGAGAUUGAAUCCAACCUACAUUAGAUUCCUAUCCUCUCCAGUCGUUGAUCGGGUUGAGAGAAUUAAGUUUUCGGUAACUUAACAUCAAGGUUAAUAAUUUUCAACAUCAUGUCACUUCGUCAAUUUGCCGUUGCGGCUAUCCUGGCCCUAGGUCCUCUUGCCAAUGCGAAGAACUUGCAGUCGCCAGCAACGGAUCCGAUACCGGGAACAGAUACCGUCCACGGAUGUUAUAAAUCUUUGGGAACGUUGAAGCAUCAGCAAACAAUCCAAUUCAACUCGCAGGGUGCAUGCGCAGGCCUGUGCCGCGACAAUGGUAGCCUCGUGGCUGCUUCUAAUACGGAAGAGUGUUACUGUGGUGACCAAUAUCCUAACAAAAGCGACUUAGUUGAUGAUUCUGAAUGCACCGAACCAUGUCCCGGGUUUGGCUCGCAAGCAUGCGGUGGUCUUGAUACUUACACGGUCUACAAUACCGGAAAGAAGGUAUCAGUUGGUGAGGCACCGGCCUCUAGUUCUUCCACUUCAACUCCAUCGAAGACUAGUUCAAGCGUUUCAGACGCCCCAGCCAGUACUUCUGAUAUUACCGAGACCGUAACAGCCUCUACUGAACCCGAGACGGGCUCCGGAACCAAUGUCGCCGGUAUUGCAGCUGGUGUUGUGGUUGGUGUUGUUGCGAUAACUGCUUUUGGCGGCGCAGUUUUCUUCUGGUUGCGUCGAAAGAGAAACGCCGAGAUUGAAGAAGAACACCGACGAAAUGCUGCUGUCAACGCGUUCAUUGGUGGCGGAAAGCCUCCCAGUAGCAGCGGCGGUGUUUCGAUGACCGACUCUCGUCUCGACCCUGUUAUGAACCGACGAAUGAGCGACGGUAGCAUCGCUGACAACCAAGAUUACUCGCGAAGAAUUCUAAGGGUUACCAAUGCUUGAACCCAUCGCAGAUAUCACGAUGAACGACUUCCGCUUGUAACACUUUUUAUUCACAUCGGCAUCAACGGCGUUUCAUGGUGGCCAUUCGUCAUUGGAUGAUCGAUCAGACUAGACGAUCCCUGGCGUUAUUUGUAUUGAGGUGUAAGGAAUAACAUAUUGGGUGGUUACAAUAUAGGACGAUACUCCCCGGCCUUGCUACUACCGACGAAAAUUUCCUACGCCGUCCUCUCCUUUUUCUUUUGCACGUUGUUGACCGGCCGUGUCACAAUUUGCAGUUCGACAUCAACUUCGGAAUUUCUCGCGAGAUCUAUUAGGGCC